UUGCUUGUGGCCACAAACAGGAACGUACAGCCAGGGGCGUCCGGGGACGUCCUUGCGCGGUACGUACCAACUUUUGGGCCUUUGGUGAACUUUUGUUGCAGAUCCUAAGGUGCAAGGUGGCGGCUUCCUCGUUAACUCUGGCAACAAGUGGUUCGUCCAGGGCAUGUUCAUCGCCCAUGUCAAGCUGCGACGCUCCUCUCUGCUGCUGGCCAACGAUUUCACCGACGUGGACCUCCGGAGCUGGCUGCGAAAAAAACUCGACCGUCUGCAGAUAGUUGAGUCCAAGUCCGAUGACAUGGGCCCAAAGACUUGCGCUGGCGGUCACCCCUCCAAGUCCGAGUGCGGUGUGUUUGUACCCAUCGACCAGGGCUUGGCCGAGGGAGAAGACCCCCUCCAAAGCCCAACCCCCAACCACAUGCAGUGGAACGUGGACGUGCACGUGGACUACAAGAAACCCGACGGCCACUGGGCCGUUCGGGGAGGCACUCUGGUCGGCGCCAAGAUGGUCCUUACCUCCGCCAUCCGUUUGGUGACGGUCUCGCAAGCCAACGAUACGGGGAGCGUGCAGACCAUCCCCACGAGCGACGUCAUCGUCAAGUACAUCUCGGCCGACGUCAGAGACCGCAGGAUCACGGAGGUCGAGCGUAUUCACUUGCGUGAGCGUACCAAGGGCUCGUACGACUUUUUCCGCUACGACCUGGCGCUGCUCGAGCUCAAGUCCGCGGUGCCGCUGAUGCCCCUCUGCGUGCCCCUGCCGGGCUGGGUCGGCACGGCCCUCCCGCCGCUCGGUCCGGGCUCCACCGGACAAGUCGAGCUGUUUCCGGACCCGAACAGCAGCGACCGAGUCCUCAUACCGACCUACUACCGCACAACGGACGAGUGCCGGCAGCUCACGAACCUGAGCGACACCGACACCGUUGGCGGAGACCAGUUCUGCACGCAGUCUUCUUACAGUCUCCAGAAUUCCCGCACCCGGCUCCCGCUCGGCGGCGCCUACUCGGUGGUCACCAACGGCACGUGGUACAUGCGCGGCGUCCUGGGCGUGGACUGGCAGUUCAACGGCGCUCCCGGCACCGACGUGUUCUCCUUCUACAAUCUGGACGACGUCGAGCUCCUCGUCUGGCUCGCCGCCAAGAUGCGGGUCAACGGCCUGACACCCGCCGAGAAGGCGACCAUCACGACGACGACCACCACGACCACGACAACAACUACAACGCGCCGACCCCUCCCCGCCGCCUCACUGCCUACCGAGCCCCCGCCACCCCCACCCGGCCAGUGCGGCGUGACCGGCGUGCCGCUGGACUCCAUCCCCCGCAACGGCUCCAUCUCCGGACACCUGCCGUGGUCCGUGUUCGUCUCCAAGGCCAAGCCCGACGGCGGCCUGGAGCUCAACGCCGGCGUGCUCGUUCGCGCCGAUAUGGUGCUCACGCAGGGGCACAGACUGGUGACCCCCAUGGGGCGGUGGAACGACUCGGGAGACGUCAGCGGGAUCGACUUGCGGCUGCUGCGCGUCGUCUGGAUCACACCGUCGGGCAGCAGAAAGAGAUCAGAGGUGGUGGAGCUGCUCGUCCACGAGCGGGACCGUGGGCCGCGCUCCGACUUGCCAUGGGACGUGGCGCUGCUCAGGCUCAAGACCCCCUUCCGGAGCAGCCCGCUGCCCUGCCUGGACAUCGGCGGCGUCCACCCUGCCCUCCGGCCGUUCGGUGCCGGCCAGACCGGCGUGAUUGAAACGUGGCGAGGAGACUUCUCGGGCGGCCGCUAUUACAUAGCGUCAGCCCCAGUCUUGAAUGACGCGGACUGUCGCAAGCAGGUGGCUGAGAACAACAAGAACGUGGAGCUUGACAAGUUCACGUCCGACAGGUUCUGCACGGAGAAGCUGAGCGAGGUAGUGUGGGACGGCGCAGCCUUUCUGCUUAAGGCAGGCAACCUCUGGUACGUCCGUGGAAUCAAAGCGGUCCUCUGGGUAGCCGAAAACGGACCUUAUGGCAUCACCGACCUGCAGGAGGAGUCCGUGCGAGAGUGGCUGAGGGAACACGUGAACCCGAACACGCGGAUUAACUUCACACCGAAGCCAGACGCGAAGCCGAAACCAAGGCCAAUUGUGCCCACCACCGAGGCCCCCUCUGACCCAUUCUAUUUCGCGGACUGAACAACUGUUUCGCAGUAGUUUCUAAUUUUGAUUAGUUUAAGGAAGGGUUCGUCAACAUAGGUAUCAGCUGUCAUACUUGAUGUGCCAGGACAGGCCUUUGUCUUUCACACAUCCAUCCCCCGGAUUUAAUUUUAUGAAUGAAUAAUU